AUGGCUUCCUCGACUUCCACAGCUUCCAAAGCAGCAUGGAGGCUGCUCUCACGCAGGGCAACAACGCCCCGUCGCGUGGUCGCCCUGCCCGAUCCGCACCGCUGCUUCUCGUGCUCCGUGCGCGCCCAUCGGCCUGAAAAGACGGAGACGGCGAGCUCACGGAUGACGCAUUUCGGCUUCGAAAAUAUUCCGGAGGGGGAGAAGGAGUCGAGGGUCGGCGCGGUGUUCAGUUCAGUAGCAAGCUCGUACGACACGAUGAACGAUUUGAUGUCCCUCGGCAUCCAUCGACUAUGGAAGGACCAUUUCGUGCGCUCGCUCAACCCAGGCUCCUGUAGCAAAACCGGCGCGGCGGGACAGAAUGGCUGGAACAUCCUCGACAUCGCCGGCGGAUCGGGCGACAUUGCAUUUCGCAUGCUGGACCAUGCGACCAACAUCAACCACGACCGCGCGACGCGGGUCACCGUAGCCGACAUCAACGCAGACAUGCUGGCGGAAGGACGGAAACGCAGCAUCGACACGCCUUACUACAACACGGACCGAUUGUCGUUCAUGGUCGCCAAUGCAGAGCACAUGCCCGACGUGGCGGACAACUCGGUUGAUCUGUACACGGUCUCGUUCGGCAUUCGCAACUUCACAGAUAAGCAGGCAGCGCUCAACGAGGCGUUCCGGGUGCUCAAGCCCGGCGGCGUGUUUGCAUGCAUGGAGUUUAGCAAGGUGCAGAACCCGGUGUUCAACGAGGUUUACAAGCGGUGGAGUUUCAGCGCCAUCCCCCUGAUUGGACAGCUCGUCGCGGGAGACCGCGCGAGCUACCAGUAUCUGGUCGAGAGCAUCGAGAAGUUUCCGAGCCAGGAGGAGUUUCGCGAGAUGAUCCGCCAGGCUGGCUUUGUGAUUCCGGGCCAGGGAUACGAGAAUCUGUCGUGCGGGAUUGCGGCGAUUCACAAGGGGGUGAAGCCGCUGCACUGA